AUGAGGACAGGAGGAAGGACGCACCGCUGUUCCCACCACGUGGGUGCAGUGUUUCUGGUGCUGCUGCUGCUCGUGGCGGUACAUCUCGGUGGUGGUGACGCCGCCGUAACACUACGCCUCGUGCAGGUGCUGCACCGCCACGGCUCGCGGUCAGCAAUUGUAUCGUACAAUGCCAGUCAACUAUGCGGUGAUGUUCCAUGCGGCUAUUUGAACGUGCCUGGUCAGAAAAUGACGAUCAAUGCAGGGAGUUUUCUGCGAGAGCACUACAACAGCGACCCUGCAAAUCCAUUCUUCCCGUCGGAGAGCUACGACCUUGAUGUCUCCUACACCCGCUCCACUGAUGUGCUGCGCACCCUCCAGAGUGCUGAGGGUCUCCUACGUGGGCUGUUCCCCAACAUGUCCGCGUUCUUCCCAGCCGUUCACACGGUGGAUAGUGGAACUGAUUGGCUUCUGAUAAGUGAUGUUAUACCCUACAACAAUGUCUUUGGAGGUUUAGAUAAGCAGUGGAAGCGAAACGUGUGUAACCCGAUGGUUGACACCCUCAUCGACUUUGCUACCCUUCAGAACGUUGCCAAAGAGGCCCUCAGUGAGGGUUACUGUGCAAACGCGGAGGACCGCUGCGACUGCGCAUCUCAGCUGUUUGACAUUGGUAAUGCACUAGAUGCGGACGGACGGAUCAGUACCUUCCCGCUGCUUAAGGCGAACCUGGAGAAGCUGCGCGCCUUUGUGCAGUUUGAGUUCCUUUCAAAGUUUGGGUACAAUGCGUCGAACGAGAGGGACGUAAAAAUGGGAAGCCAGGGUCAGAACUUUGUGCAGCAAGUAUUGUCGAAUGCCCAGCUGCACAUGCAGGGGAAGUCCACCUACAAACUGUACCACUACAGUGCACACGACACAACACUCAGUCCGGUGGCAGCAACACUUCGCGACACCACACCCAAUGGUGCGCUGCCUCCCUUUGCUCAGUUGUACGCAUUUGAGCUGCUGUACGAUGACUCCGCCAAUGCGUACAGCAUGCGGGUGAGGCGCGGCUACCCCGGACAGACGCCCGAGAGUGACUACGCCUUUGCCUGGGAUGACUUCCAGCUCAAAUGCAUGAGCAGCGACGGCGCUGUCUACAAUGCGGCAAACAACACCUGCCCCUACUACGACUUCCAGCGCCUCGUUGACUCCUCAAAGCCGAAGGACCCUGCUGGGUUGUGCUACCUCGACGACGAGUACAAGAGUCUUCUCGGCUGCCCUUCCUCUGCAGGGCAAUCACCCAACAGCAAUUGCCAGGCCUACCGAAAGGUUUGCCCGGCGUGGUCCUGUGGUGCUGACUUCACCCUGGACCCGGUGACGCUGCAGUGUGUGUGCAGUUCUGCGUCCUGCAUGGGUCUCAGUGAGGGCAACGGCAACAGCAGCGGUGGUGCAAAGAGCGGGUCAGGGCUUAGUGUAGGUGGGACGAUUUGUGUUUCCAUUCUUGCUUUUGUUUUUGGUGUUGUGUUGAGUUCAAUUAUUUUAAUAUUGUGGGAAAGGCAAGGGAGAUGGAAAAGUCUUAUAGACAGUAUGUUGGAUGUGGAACAGUCUUAG